AUGAUAUCAAGAGAGCUGCUGCAACAGAGGUGCACCGGGCACCUGCUCUGUGCGCUGACCCUCCUUGAGGCUGCCGGGACCUUGGCCUUGAUGUCCUAUGCACUGCUAUGGGAAGCUGGGAACCUGGUCAACCUCUCUGACAAACGCAUCGGCUUUUACAACUUCUGUCUGUGGAAUGAGACAGCCAGGGAGCUGCAGUGUCUGGAGUACAAGCAUCUGCAGGUGAUGGGCAUCAGUCCACCAGGAGUGGUGUUAGCCAGGGUUUGUGUGUAUACCUGCCUGGUCUUCAGCAUCUUCUACCCCAUUUUUCUUGCACAUGUGAUGUGCGCAGACAAGACAGAGGACUGGAAGGUGAUCCUCAUCAUACUCAUCAUCCAGAAGAUAAUCCUGUCUGGAGGCCUGGGUACAUUUCUCUUCCAAACCUCGCAGUGGAUUCACCCCUCUGAUUUCACUGGGGGCUUCCUGGCACUGGUUGGGACUCAGGCUCUGCUACUGUUCCAGAUUCUCACUGCCACUAUGUACCUUAGCUGGGCCAAGCACACACUCCUGCGUCAAAGCCCCUUUACUGAGGAGGCCCUGCCCAUUGAGAUUUGA